CAAUCGUGAGAUACAGAUAGGGAUGAGAUAGUGAUGGGUACUCAUGGUGGAAGUGUGGACUACAUUUUCGACAGCUUCCUCAAGGCCGGAACCUGUAAGUCCAUUCUCGGCUCAUUCCAUCAGCUCUGUGAGGUCCUCGAACUAAAACACACCAACCAUCGACUGUUCUACCGUCGUCUCAGUAACCAGCUGACAUCAUGGAAAGCUCAGACUGUGUGGGUGAAGCUAAACAAGAGAAUGGCUCAGAAAGAAUACAAGAAAGGGGAAGCAUGUGCCAACACAAGGGUCCUGGUGAUUGGGUCCGGUCCUUGUGGUCUGCGGACAGCUAUAGAAGCGGCUUUCCUUGGCUGUAAGGUGGUGCUGGUUGAGAAGCGGGACAGUUUCUCACGGAACAAUGUCCUACAUCUCUGGCCGUACCUCAUCACUGACCUAAAGAAUCUGGGGGCCAAAAAGUUUUUUGGAAAAUUUUGUGCUGGUGCUAUUGACCAUAUAAGCAUUCGACAGUUACAAUGUAUACUGAUGAAGGUGGCGCUACUGGUCGGAGUGGAAAUUCACGUCAAUGUUAGUUUUGAUGGACUGAUUGAACCAACAGAGGAGAAGCCUGGUGUAGGAUGGCGGUGUGCCUGUACCCCAAGUGAUCAUGUAGUUUCGGAAUAUGAGUUUGACGUUUUGAUUGGUGCUGAUGGAAAAAGGAACACACUUCAAGGUUUCAGAAGGAAGGAGUUCCGUGGAAAAUUAGCCAUAGCAAUAACAGCAAACUUCAUCAACCGCAACACGACAGAGGAGGCUAAAGUGGAGGAAAUCAGUGGUGUGGCUUUUAUCUUUAAUCAGAAGUUCUUCAAGGACCUGAACGAAAAAACAGGAAUCAAUCUGGAAAACAUUGUGUAUUACAAAGACGACACUCACUAUUUUGUAAUGACCGCAAAAAAGAACAGUUUACUGGACAAAGGUGUAUUACGAGAGGACAGGACAGACACGGCUCUAUUGUUGUCACCGGAUAAUAUUGACAGGGAUGCUUUACUGGAUUACGCAAAAGAGGCGGCAAAUUUCUCCACUAACUUUGCUUUGCCAAAUUUAGAAUAUGCGAUUAAUCAUUACGGACAACCAGAUGUGGCCAUGUUUGAUUUUACUUCCAUGUUUGCAGCUAUGAAUGCUUCCAGAGUUGUCGAUAGAAAUGGCCACAAGCUUUUAAUUGGACUUGUUGGAGACAGUUUGUUAGAGCCAUUUUGGCCCACAGGAUCGGGCUGUGCUCGUGGAUUCCUGGGUGGAUUCGAUGCUGCCUGGAUGAUUCGGAGCUGGGCUUCGGGGAAAAUGACGCCACUCCAGGUCAUAGCCGAGAGAGAAAGCAUCUAUCAGCUCUUGUCACAAACUACACCAGAAAACCUCAGCAAGAAUUACAGUGAAUACACAAUUGACCCAAACACAAGGUACCCUAACCUCAAUACAAAGUUACUCCGCAUUGAACAAGUGAGACAUUUAUACGACUGUGGAGAUCGAUCGUAUGAAGAUGAAAUCCUUGAUUUACCAGCCAAACGUCCCAGAAGUGAAGAGUUGAUAGACAGCUAUACCUUGUUACACUGGUGCCAGCGUGUCCUAAAUAACAAGUUCCGUAACGUCCACAUCAUUGACCUGACCACGUCCUGGAGGAGUGGACUCGCCCUGUGUGCCUUAAUACACACCUUUAAACCUAGUCUUAUAGAGUUUAACUCCUUGUCGUCAUUAGACGUGGCUAAAAAUAACCAGUUGGCGUUUGAUGUGGCCCACACAGAGCUGGGUAUCAGUCCAGUGAUGACCGGUCAGGAGAUGUCCACCUGCUCCUGUCCUGACAAACUGACCAUGGUCAGCUAUCUGUCCGAGUUCUACCACAAGUUCCACAAAGAAAGGAAUCCAAGUGUGGAGUCCCCUGUCCGAAGGGAAAGCCAUAAAUCUCCUCUACACAGAACUCUUCUACAGAAAAUCCGCAGUAGUGCCAAAUUCUCCAGAUCUAAGAGGAAUUCUAAAAGGGAGGAAGAGAAGAAUGAACACAACACGUCACUGAGUCGCAAAAAGUACAGGGAGGAAAUCAAACAACACAAUGGUGAUGUCCAGCUCACCCGAUACAGUAAAUUACCAAUGGAGGAGAUUGCCAACAAACUUACAGUCGACAAAAAAGAUGAUAUUAAUGUCAAACUGAACAGUGACCUUCAGUCCAAUGUCAAGGUCAGCCAGAUGGCAGAGAUUUUGGUGUCAAAGUUCAAACAAGGCUUGGAGCCACCAGUUAAACAAAAAGUGAAAACGACUGGUGUUCUGUUGGCCGCCCAGCCAGAGAGUGAGAUCUGCUAUUUCUGUAAGAAACGUGUGUAUAUCAUGGAGAGAAUGUGUGCUGAGGGCAUCUUCUUCCACCGUGGGUGUCUCAAAUGUGAUUUCUGUGAGUGUGGACUGAGAGUAAACAACUACAGCUGUGAUAGACUGACAGGGAGUGAAGUGAAGUUUUACUGUUUCCGUCACUCUAAGCCUGAGAUGAGAUUAGGUCGUGCCAAGAGAAAGCGGGCAUUCGAAGAAGAUACUUCAAAAGAGAACAUACCAAAAAUUGUGGAGGAUAUUGUUAAAACACCCAGAAAGGAAACAUUGACUGACUCCCCUAAAAAAAUACCAGUCAUUAAAAAAGGAAGGAAAGAUACAAAAACCCCUCUCACCCCUCCUCUGGCCCCUGAGACAGAUUACAUCAAAGCUAAGAAAACUCCAGAGAGAAUCGAGUUUGAAAACAGCAUCGACGGACUUCCGGAGGAAUCAGAAGAGGAAUUAACAGAACACAAUCUACGAGCCUCGAUGUCACGUGAUGCCAUGUUGGAAGAAUUUAGUGAUGAAGACCUAUCAGACUCUGACCUUGAUGACCUGGAGCUAGCAGCUAUUCUACAGGGAUGGUCCAGUGAUGAUGAUGAGUUACAGGAAGCUGUGGAAUCAACGUACGGACAUAAUGUCAGCAAGGACCUGACACUGGAGGAAGCUCUGGCUGUCGUGGAAACACUCAAACGUAAAUCUUACGAGAAUCUGAUGGAGGCUGUGGAUCAGGAGGGAGAGGAAGAAUCAGAGGAUGAUACAGACACGGAGUAUGAAGCCUCUGAAGCAGACUCAGAUUUGGAAGAAAUGGAAUACGAAGAUUCCUCCCCAGAAAAACCCAAUAAAGAUAUUGUUCAGGAAGAAAAUUUAGUGCAGAAUAGUAGUCCUCAGAGGAAGGCUAGGGCCGACUUCUUUACGUCCCCUCCAGAACCACUGCGACUUGACCCUUGGAAAAUGUUCGAGAAGACACCAGAGAGGGAGGUGAAGAAAGACAAAGAGGAGGAGGUGGUGGUCAGUGAAGAGGAGGGAGAAAAUAAAGAGGAGGAUCUAAUGGUGGUGCUAGAAGAUGAUGGAGUAGAAGAUCAGGAAGAAGAGAUUGAGGAUGAGGAAGGUGGGGAAGAAGCACCAGAGGAGGAAGAGGAAGAUGACAAAACAGCAAUGAGCCGACAAAUGCAGAUGAUCUUGGAGGAUAUUGAUCAGAAGUCAUCAGUCAGUGACUCGGGGGAUGUUCUCAGAUCUUCUGUCAGUGAUACUGGUGAAGCAAGGUCCAUCAUUAGUGACGCUGAUCAAUCCGCUAGCGAGAAUGAUGACGUGUUCCCAGGUGGAGACACACAGCAGGCUGUUUUACAGAGUGUCAGGAAUGUGUCCUCAUCAAACUCUAACUCAAGUCAAUCAACUAGAGAGGCUGUUCUGAACAGUGUGAAGAACAUGGAGAAUUCAGAUUUGAUGGAACAUAAUUUUCAGGAGGUUGAUGAUCGCUUUGUCACAAAAGGAAGGGGUAGUGCAAGAAAGAAAAAACGUGUUCAGCAUAGGAAUUCAUUUGGAUCUGAUUCUAGUUUUACAAUAUCCACUCCAAGUGAAUCGUUGCGAUCAUCCAUAAGUUCUCUUGCUGCAGACAUUGAAGUGUUGGAGAAUGACGCUGAAUCUCCAGACAAAGAUAUGAUUAGAGAUUAUUGUCUUACACUAAGUCAUGCACUUGGAGAAAGCUUUGAUGAUGAUGAUGAAAAUUUAGGUGAUGUUCCUCAAAAUUAUGAGGAUACUCCAAGAACAAUUGGUCAAGAAGAGUUUAGUCCACGUGAAAACCUAGACAACACUCUGAUUGAAGAAGAAGCUGAUGUGAAUUCUAAUGGCAGAAAGAGCAGUUUCUAUGAAACUCCCAAUGCCAGUGUUAGAGAGGAACAAUAUUUCUCUGUCAGUGAUCAUGAGUCUAGUCUCAAGUCGAAUACAACAAGUGCAAUAUCUAGUCAUGGUGUUAGUGAUAUUUUCAGUAGUGAUGCCAGGACUACUAGUACAGACAACAAGAUGUCUAGUGCAUCAACUCCAUCUUCCAUAUCAGAUAAUCAAGAACUAACUGAUAAAAACAGUAAUGUUGUGAUCACUGAACCACGUAAAUCAGUGGAAGGGAAACUGAACAGUGAUGGAACUCCCUGGAGAGCACUACCUCCUCUCCCAACACUGGCCAGCACCUCAAACUUUGAAAAGAGUUCAAGUGAAAAAUCAAAGGUUGUGAAGAAAGAGAAAUCCACCGACAAAACAGAGGGGAUGAGAAAGCUUCCUGACAUCUCUAACCUCAAAAGCAAUGUUAACCAGCGCGAGUUUCAGAGUAACUUUAUGAGGCAGCAUCUGGGCUCCCCAAGAUCUGAACAGCAGGAGAUGGCUUCUCCAACAGGGAAGUCUAGUGAGAGUGAUUCUGGCAAAAAGACAAAGAUCUCUGUGGAUCAUGCAAAACUGAAGUCCAUGAGUAGUCUAGAGGACAGUUCCAGUCAGGGUGAGGAGAAAUCCAAGAAAAAGAUUGCAGUCGACUUGCAACUUCGUGAACGAAUCAAGACAGAGACUGUGGAAACCAAACCAGGAGUGACUGGAAAAGGCAGCCAUAUUGAUGAUAUUCCAUUUGCAGAUGACAGUGAUGAUGAGCCAGGACAAGAGAAAUUUUUCACUCCGGCCACGAGUAAAAAGAGGGAACCAGUCAGAGUGGAGGGUGCUGGGAAGGAGGUGAGAAAGAGGCUGCUUCCAAUGCCCCCACAGGAAAGUGUUCAGAACAUGCCCAGUAUUGACCACAUCAAGGAAAUCAAGAAGGCUGAAAUGGAGAGUGCCAGAGAGAAGGCAAGACAGAGGGCCAGAAUGAAGAGUGAUGAAGAACUAGGGAUAAAGAAUGUAGCAUACACACCCAAGGUUAAAGGACUGCUGAAGCGUAGUACCUCAAAUACACCAAGUACAAGUGACUUCAUAUCUGACAGUGAUGAUCCUAGUAAAGUGUUACACUCCACCCCAGUGGAGAAAGCAGAAGUGCCAAAACCAGAAAUCAAAUCAAGUGGGAAGACAAAAAAGAGUAAAAAGAAGAGCAUGGACUUAGAUUUGACUCUGUCUGAGAAGUCAGAUGGGGACACAAGUAAAGAGAAAGUGAAGAAGAAAAAAUCCCUGCUUCAAAUAUUGAAGCCUGGGAAGGACAAGUCUCCUAAAGAGCUGAAGGACAAACGAUCAUCCUCCAAUGACACUCUGGAAGAAAAAACUCCAAAGAAGAAGAAGAAAACUCCAAAGUCUGACAAGAAAAAGAAGAAAAUGAUGUCAGAAUCGGGACUCGAAAAGUUGGAUAAGGAUCUGAGUGAAUUAAAUUUACAGGGUAUGAAGGAGAGAUUUACUUUAGAGAAGAGACACACACCCACAAGGAGGUAUGCUGUAAGGAAGACGAUACCACCAAAAGCUGAUCUUGAUGAGUUUUCAGACUCAGAUGACAGUAAAAUGGACACACUGAAGAAAUCAAAGGAUCGUCGCACAAUGUCUGAGGAUGAACUGAACUAUCGUAUUGCAAAACGUGUACAAUCAGCAGCCAGGAAACACAUGAAGCAGCAGGAACAGAAGAGACUGAGAAUGGCACAGGAAAUCCAACGACAGUUGGAAGAAGUGGAUGUCAAACAGAAGGAGCUGGAGGAAAGAGGAGUCAUAGUAGAACGGGCACUUAGAGGGGAGGGGCAAGAUGCUGGUCGAGAGGAAUCUGAACUAAUGCAGGAAUGGUUCACUCUGGUGUAUGAGAAGAAUGCUCUUGUCAGAUACGAGUCAGAGCUCAUGGUCAAUGCCCAGUACAUGGAGCUGGAGGACAGACAUGGCCGUUUGGAGCAGGAACUCAGAGAGAAGAUGUCUGUAGACAUAUUUGAUUUUAAAUUUGAUUCUGAGAAAACUCCAGCACAAGCGGCUGAAGAAAAGCGAAUCCUCGAUGAACUUCUGGAGGUCGUCGAGGAAAGGGAUAAAUUAGUAGCUAUGUUAGAGGAAGAAAGAGUCAGAGAGCGAGAAGAAGACCGAGACUUAGAGGCCAUCAUGAACGCCAAGGGGUACAGCCUCGCCCCCACAGACUACGCCCAGAAAAUCAAAUUCUCCUCCAAAGUCUUCCCCCUCUCCUGCUAGAAUCACCCUUAUGACUGUCAGAAUCACCUUCAUGUUGUGUCAUCUGAUAGAGUACAUCCAUAUAUCCAGUAGUAUGCCUCAAAUUCUGCUUUCUUAAAGCUGCCUAGUUUUACCCUAACCUUGGGCACCAAUCAAAUUAUGUUGUCACUUGACUGGUGUAGACAUGACAUCUAAUUAACAUAAAAGAUUUUGAUAAAGCCCUGUCCUCUGAGAGGAUAAUAAUGGCCACUGAUCACAAAGUGAUGUUUUUUUUUCUAUGAUCCCAUCAAAUUGCUGUCAGUUUCAUUAAAAAUUGAAAGAUUAAGUACAUUAUUAAUAAUAGUAUGUCUACAUGUGUGAUGUAUUGUUGACUGUCAAGAGAUACAGUGUGUGUUAUACAUAUUUUAUUUUCAUUUCAGCAUUAUAGUUUUCAAUGCCAUUUUGAGAGGUAUAAUUAAGUGUGGACUUGCAAUGCUUAAUGUGAAGUCAUAUUGAUAUUAUAUAAAUCGUAUUAUCUUUUAUGGAUAUAACGUUCAUGGUUUCAUGACUAGCAGUAUAUCAUUGGUUUAAUACAGUUUUAUUAAAUUUUUAUGUGAUCCAUUAUGAUCUUUUGUCUAUGACUGUGAAUUUUUUGUUUGUUUGAUAUAUAUUACUUGAGAUCUUUUAAUAAAUUAUUAAUUUGAUAUUAAAUUAUUGCUGAUGUAUUUAAAUAUGUAUCAUGUAUUAUCAAACAACCAAUAAGACAUUUUUACAGUUAUAGAAGUUUGUAAAUAAGAAGUGUAAAUUAAGUUGUUGAACAAUCAAACAUGUUUACUGUCUCGGAAACAUAGUGUACUGUUACCAUGGUGAUGGAGUAGGCCAGUUAUAGAAAAAUAUAGCAGUUAUAGAAAAAUAUGGAAAACUGAAUCUCUUUUGUCCACUAGUCAAAGGUCUCCUCUAUGAAAUAAAUCUGAUUCUCAUGAAUUUAAUGAAACAGUUACCCUUACAAUUAUAUCUUUAAAUUUGCUAGGUUCAUAAUAGGGAUAGAUUUUAAUGAGACAGUCAACAGAACAGUAGCUUAUGGACAGUUUAAAUAUUGUACUGCUCUUCAAUAUCUAAAAUUCACAUUCACAAUUUUCUGUUAUUUUACACAAAUAUAUUCAAUAGUUUGCAUAAUGUUACAACCUUUUCACAAUUUUUUGAUUUACAUGUACUAUAUAUUAAUAAGUAAUUACAUGAAUGUCAUUAUAAAACAAUGGUCAGAAUUAUCUUUUGGUUUGAAAUGACCUCCAUGUCAAAAUUUAAAAAUUCUUAUAUCAAACUGUCAUGGAGUGUGUAAUAUAUCCUUACUGGAUUUAGAAUAAUGUUAAAAAACAUCAUACAUACUUCCACCCACCUCACAAGUAGCAAAAGAAUCAAAUACUUCAUUCAUUAAUGACACAGCAAAGUUUAAUGAAUAUUAUUUAACUUAUAAUUAUCAUUAAUUUUGCUAAGAAUGUACUUGAAUCCUUAGGUGCUAAAAAUCAUUUAUUUUUAUUGCUUUAAAAGUGCUGGCAUACGAUGUCCAUUACAUGCAUUAUCUCAAAAAAGCACUUAAUGGAAACAUACAUCUAUAUAUAAAACACUUGAAAGAAGAAGACAAGUCAAUAUGUAAUGUACAUGUAGAUUUUAAAUGAUAAAAUCUUAAAAUUUGUCUUAGCAACAAAAUCAAGGAAAAUACAUUCAUUUUUAAACUUAUUCAUGUAAUUGUUUAGCUACAUUUGGAAGAUUUGUAGGUUAAAGAGGUGCGGUCACUUUAUUACAUUUAGUUAUUUUAAAUGUCUUAGAUUUGGUAUAUAAUGAUAUUAUUUUAUAAAUGGAUGUGUGUUAGGGCAAAGGGUUCUAUAUAUGUAGUUGUUUAACAAUUUUUUUGUUCUGUGAAGUCAAGUUUUUUGGAAGAAAACGAUUGUCAGCACAACAACUUGGAGUAGAAUUUGGAUUAAAAUUUUCAUUAAAACAACCACAAAUUAUUAGGAACAAGUUAUGUGUAUAUGUUUAUGUAUAAUGAAAGGUUAUUUAUGAGAUCAAAUAGUAUGAUAGCUGUCUGUUAAAAGUUUUAAUUGUGUUGGGAAAUCCUUGUUUUGACACUGGUAUUAUCCAAUCCCGUUCUUUGACUGUUUAUUUAUUUUAUUUUUUUUUUUUGCGUAAAAUAUGUAGACUACUUACAUGUAAUUGUGGCACUUGAACUUUCCUAUAUAUAGCUCUUUAUUGUUUACGUUGUCAAUGUCAGAAUCUUUGAUCAAUUGUUUUGGCCAGCUUUGGACUCUUAACGUUAUCUCUCAUUUAUCUGCUUUUUUACAUGAAAAAAAUGGUUAAAUAUUCAAUACUUGGGAAAUAUGCACAGCCAUGAGUUUUGAAAAUUGAAUUAAAGUAAACGUUUCAGAAUGUUGAGAGCAAAUUUUAUCUGACCAUUCUUUAUGGGUACAAGCAACAUUAGAUGAAUGGCCGAGAUAAAUCUGAUUGAAAAAUAUAAUUGAAGCAAUAUUUUAUGAAAUCUUUUCAGGAUUGUGUAUUAUUAUUUUUUUCUAAUUGACAAAAUAUCAUUCCAGAUUCUUAACAUCAAUGUAGGUAAUUUUUAUUUCAGAAUAAAAACGUUAUGAAUAUAAAUAUUUACAUUUUUUCUCUACAUAAAGAAAAAUCUUGAGGCAAUGCAAAUGAACAAAUAAGGUUUCGUUGCAGUAAAAAAUUCUUUAUUGAAAUUUUAUUUUCUGGUUGUAUUUCAUUUUUAUUUCUAAUGUCAGGGUUGUGAAAGUGUUUAUUUAUUAAGUCAGUAUUUUAAAUAUUGGUUUUUUUCUAAACAGAUCAAAUGGCAAAUACAUACGUAUUUAGGUUCAGUUCUUGCUUGAAAUCCAUAAGCUGACAGUUAGAGAUUUUUGUUGAUGUUGUGUUAUAUUUAAAUUAAUCAUAUUCUCUGUGCUUUAUGAUAUAGCUGACCCCUGCAAUGUCUUCAGUUUAAAAUGUAAACCUUGUUGAGCUGGGUGUUUUGUUUAGUGAAACAGUGUGUGCAGAUAAUAUGAGCAGAAAGAAUAAAUGCUGAUUGCUAUA